AUGAAUUCGGCUUUAGAUGCGACCGAGGGUAUAGAUAUAGAGCCGCCGUCGACAGACCUCGCCAGGCGCGUAUCCUCCAGUCUUGGUGUUUCAACAUCUCCAACAGGUUUCCAUACCCCAUCAUGGACCAAGUCUGGGUCACCUUUACGCGCAGCCACUGGAGGUUUAGCCAAGCAUCUGAAACCUUUUGCUACGGAGGACAUAAAGAUUCUUCUGCUCGAGAAUGUCAAUGUGACGGGUCAAGGCUUGCUCGAAGCUCAGGGUUACCAAGUCACCCAUCUGAAGUCCGCGUUGCCCGAGGAUGAGUUGAUAGGGAAAAUACGAGAUGUUCAUGUCAUUGGCAUACGCUCGAAGACCAAGCUUACCGCCAGAGUUCUUCGAGAGGCCAAGAAUCUGAUCGUCGUUGGAUGCUUCUGCAUAGGCACAAAUCAGGUCGACACGCAAUAUGCUGCCGAACAUGGCAUUGCAGUGUUCAAUUCUCCCUUCAGCAACUCUCGUAGUGUUGCUGAGCUGGUCAUUGCGGAAAUCAUCUCCCUGGCCAGGCAGCUUGGUGAUCGCUCGAAUGAGUUACACAAAGGAACUUGGAACAAGGUUAGCAACGGUUGCUGGGAGAUACGUGGAAAGACGUUGGGCAUCAUAGGCUAUGGACAUAUUGGAUCCCAGCUUUCCGUGCUUGCUGAAGCGUUCGGUAUGACGGUGAUAUAUUACGAUGCCGUCAAUCUAAUGGCCUUGGGAACUGCGAAGCAAGUACCAACUCUGGAAGCCUUGCUGCGGGCUGCUGAUUUUGUGACAUGCCACGUACCGGAGUUGCCAGAAACCAAUAACCUCAUUAGCCGCAAAGAAAUGGGUGAUAUGAAAGAUGGCAGCUAUCUUAUUAAUGCCAGUCGUGGCAGUGUCAUUGAUAUCCCGGCUUUGAUCGAUGCCAUGCGCUCUGGCAAGUUAGCUGGGGCCGCCCUGGAUGUUUAUCCAGCGGAACCAGGAGGCAAUGGGGACUAUUUUACGAAUGAGCUCAAUUCCUGGGCUCAAGAUCUUCGAAGCCUCAAGAACAUAAUCCUCACACCACAUAUAGGAGGGAGCACUGAAGAAGCCCAAAGCGCAAUUGGAAUUGAAGUGAGCACCGCUUUAAUACGCUAUGUAAAUGAGGGUACUACUUUGGGUGCGGUCAAUAUGCCCGAAGUCUCUCUGCGGUCUUUGACUAUGGAUGAACCAAACCACGUGCGGGUAAUAUACAUUCACCGUAACAUACCAGGUGUUCUGCGGGGAGUCAAUGCAAUUCUGGGCAAUCAUAACGUCGAUAAACAGAUGACGGACAGCAGAGGCGAGGUGGCAUACUUGAUGGCUGAUAUUAGCGGUGUCAAUGUUGCGGUCAUCAAAGAUCUUUAUCAAAGACUAGAGGGGUUGAGCUCUCGAAUAAUGACGCGGGUAUUGUACUGA